AUGCGUUGCGUUUCUCUUCUGGCCGUCUUGGCCUGCGCGAGCACUACUCUAGCAAUUGCUCCUCUUGUAGUCUUCGAGUCGCUGCAUCGAACACCUCAAGGAUGGACUCAAUUACAUCGACCAGACCCGGAAACACUGCUCCAUCUCCGAAUCGCAGUCCACAUGCCUGAUCACGAUCUCUUCGAAAAGACCCUGUACGACGUAUCAACACCAGAUCAUCCAAGCUAUGGGCAACAUCUCACCCACGAAGAAGUACGGGCUUUAGUGCAGCCAAGAGACGCUUCGACCCAAGCAGUGCUUGCCUGGUUGAAAGCAUCUGGAAUUCCGGAAACUGACAUCAAAGACCAAGGAGAAUGGGUCAACUUCAGAGCCUCUGUCAGCAAGGCCGAGGCCAUGAUGGGAGCGACCUUCUACUACUUCUCCCUAAAUGCGGAUAAACGCCAUAAGAAGCAGAUCCGAGCGUUAAAAUAUUCCGUCCCAGAGACUCUUGCUCCACACAUUGCAAUGGUACAUCCCAUCACACGAUUUGGACAGCUCAAAGCUCAGCGCAUCGCAACCUUCACCACAGAGUACUACGCAAAUCUCGACAGCAUCCCAGAGGCGCCUCGCAUUCCUAACCCUUCCCUCAACGUCACGGCUUGCAAUGCAAUCAUUACUCCAGCUUGUCUAAGAGCACUUUACAACAUUGGAGACUACAAGGCGGAUCCUGCUGUGAGCUCGCAACUCGGUGUCUGCGGAUAUAAUAACCGAUGGGCCAACUAUGCUCUUGUGAACGGUGAUUUAGCGACCCAAAACGACACAGUCACCAGCGAUCUUGAAGCGAACCUUGACAUUCAAUACGCCGCAGCCCUCGGCUUCGAAACAAACAUCACCUACUUCUCAACAGGCGGUCGUGGUCCUCUGGUUCCAGAUCUCGACCAGCCAACCCAAGCAGACAAUGCAAACGAGCCAUAUCUCGAAUUCCUGAGCUAUAUACUCGCCCUACCCGACCGUGACUUGCCUCAAACAAUCACCACCUCUUACGGCGAAGACGAGCAGAGCGUCACAGAAGGCUAUGCCCGAACGGUAUGCGAUAAUUUCGGCCAACUCGGCCUUAGAGGCGUUUCAAUACUCUUCUCCAGCGGCGACUCUGGACCUGGUUCAGCUUGUCAGACCAACGAUGGCAAAAACACUACCCGCUUCAUGCCUAAAUUCCCUGCAUCUUGCCCAUACGUGACGUCCGUCGGAGGAACAUAUCACGUGCAGCCUGAAAUCGCGGCCUCGUUUUCCUCGGGCGGGUUCAGCGAUCUUUGGGCACGGCCAAGAUGGCAAGAUGCGGCGGUAACUGGGUACCUUCGUAUUCUUGGGAAUAGGUGGAAAGGGUUAUAUAAUCCUAAGGGUAGAGGAUUCCCGGAUGUGGCGGCCCAGGCGCUUCGAAUCCAGAUUAUCAAUCAGAAUAAAUCGGGUGUCUUGACUGAUAGACUUGUCGGUGGCACUAGUGCGUCGGCCCCAUCUUUUGCAGGCAUAGUCUCCCUCCUGAACAACGCACGCCUCUCCGCAGGAUCCAGGCCCCUUGGUUUCCUCAACCCCUGGCUCUACUCCAUCGGUAAGAAAGGCCUCACGGAUAUUGUAGACGGUGGUUCCACAGGCUGUACGGGAGUUGAUCAGUACUCUCAUCUGCCUGCGCCGUAUGUUCCUUACGCGGGUUGGAAUGCGACGAAGGGGUGGGAUCCUGUGACUGGAUUGGGAACACCUAAUUUUGGGAUGUUACUGGAUUUGGUGGAGAAGAAGCAUCAUCUAGGGCAUAUUCAUUAA